AUUGAAGCUAGGCUCACUGUUUGAAGGUGGUUGAGACGUCAGUUUUACUCUUGAUAUGCAGUCAAAUAUCGAGCGUUCUGAAACUGGAGGGCGAGUGAGCUAUACCAGAGCUGAAAUUUUAGCUCUUUAUGACUGCGGGAAGUCUAUUCCUCUACAAGAUGAUGUGAUUAAAAAAUCUCAAACUGGGACCCGUGCAUCUCGAUCUAAACCCCAAAGAAAAAAGACUAGUUAUUCACAGUCAAGCGAUGGAGACGCCCAAAAAACUCAUGGUAGUAGUGGUGAGGAUCUAACUACUCAGGAAGUUGAUCCUAAUACCCAUGGCUGGCAUCGUAUGAACCGUUACGCCGGGCAUGCACAAUCGGGUAGUUCUUCACACCAUCCUCAUCAGAGAUAUCCAAGUGGACCAACUGGGGACGUCGAUCCUUCAAUUCCCGUUUCCCAAGCAAAUGGUCCCUUGCGUCCCACUAAUGAAACAAAAAGAGGAGGGCAUGGUGAUUGGUCCCGAGGAUGUGCUGGUUGGCGUCAACGUUCUUACAGUGGUAGUGAGCAAUCUGAUGUCUUCUAUUAUAACCACUCCAAUCACCGAGGUCGUGGUAAUGGGCAUCCAUCCAAUGAAGUUGAUGGAAAUACGGGACGUGGACGUGGUCGAGGGCGUGGUUCAGGUCGUCAAGGUUUGACACAUCGAGAACCUGUUGGUGGUCAGUCACAAACUUCAGGCAGUAAUGCUUGUCGACCUGCCAGUUGCUUAGUUGAUACUCCAGGAGGGCAAUUAGUUCAACAAACCAAAAAUGGGAGGAUUUACUCCAAAUCGUUUUGUAGUGACCCACCUCCUGGUUUCGACUUACCAAUUCAUGAUAAGCCUACUAGUGAGUCAUCAUCUUCAAUAACUUGUCAAAAAGAAGACGUUUUUAUUGAUAAUAAUGAUUCAAUGCCUAUUCAUCAUUGUCAUCUUGUGGAUGAUGAUUCUUCAAAGAGUUCUACACAAAUGAAUCCUAAACAAUCUAAUAUACAUCCUUGUAAUUGGUAUUAUAUUGAUCUAUUUACAUGUACUCAAGGUCCAUUUACAAAUCAACAAAUGAGUACAUGGCUUGCUGGUGGUUAUUUACCAUUAGCUUUAAAAAUACGUCGUGAUUGUGAUGAAUGUUUUCUUAGUUUAGCUGAUCAUAUGAAUUUAGCUGGACGUAUUCCAUUUUGGACUGGCUACAAUCAACCACCUAUUACACAUGCAAAUUUAUCAUCACUUUCUGUAUUAAACAAUAAUAAUAGUAGUAAUCAGGUAUUAACUCACUCAACUAUUAUCACCAACCAAAUAUCUUCCUCAACUCCACCAGGUAUUACAAAUCGUAAAACAGAUUGCGUAACUUCACUUCAACAAUCCACAAUACCAACAUUUGAUGAAGAUACAACUCAGCUUCAAAACAAAGGAGACAUUAGUGUUUCUGAUAGUGAUAAAACUCAGUUAACAAUCAAUGAUGAUUCAAUAUCAUUGAAUAUGUCAACAUUAUCAUCAAACACUAUAUCAUCUCCUGUAACUAAUUAUUCAGAAUUACAAACAAUCAAUAAUUCAUCUUUAUUUACUGAAAUCCAUGAUAAAACAUUAUUAGAUUUAUAUAAUGAAGCUAAAACUAUUGCAUUACAUACAUCUAAAAUUGAAACAGAACGUUUAUUAUUAGCAAAUAAAUUAGCUGAAAUUAAUAGUACUACAGCUAAAUUAUUAUCCAAUUUACGUCCAACUCAAUUAAGUUCUACAUUAACUGAAUCAUUAAUUCGAACAACAAAUGCUGUACAAACUGAAUUAGCACGUAUAUUAGAACCAUGCAUUAGUGAUAAUAAUAAUAAUAAUAAUAUUUCUAAUCAAAUUAAUAAUAAAAAUACUAUUCUUACUACUACCUUCUCUAAUACUAUUGACGAUGGUCAUCCCGAUAAUGGUGAUGAUGAUGCUAAUAAUAAUAAUAAUAUCAAAAUUGAUAAUGACGUUAGUUCACCCAUUCUCAAUGAUUAUGUUGUUUCAUCGACAAAAUUUUCAACAUUAUCAUCUUUAGGAAUAGAACUUACUGAAUCAUUAUCUACUCUAACAAUACUUGAUAAUAUUCAUCAUAAUGAAAUUCAUUCAACGAAUGAUAAACAAAUUUCUAUAGAUAGAAAAUUAAAUACAAAUGAUGUAGAUAUUGAUAAUGAACUUCCCUUAAAUUCAACAAUGAACAAUCAUAUUAGUCAGCAUACGAAUAAUGAUGCAUAUGUUAGUAACAACAAUGUUGUUGUUGAUGAUGACGAUGAUGAUGAUAAUGAUAAAAAGUAUCAACAACUUGAAUCAAUAGAAAAACUCAUUCCUGAACGUGAAAUUACCGUACCAUUGACUUCAAAUAAUAAUAAUCAUGAACAAGAAACAUCAACAACUACGAAGAAAUCUAAACGUAAAAAUAAGAAAGCUAAUAAAAAAAUAACACCAGAAGAAGUACGUCGAUUAGCUUGGGAGUCAGAAUUCAAUCGUCGUAAAGCUGCCGCAUUAGAACAAUCAUUAGCUGAAGAAGCAAGAUUAAAGAAAUUGGCCGAAGAAGAGGCAAUUGCUUUAGCUGCUGAAAAAGCUUUAGCUGUACAAGAGAAAAAUCGCCUUCUUGUUGAACAGCGUAAACGUGAAAUAUCACGUCUGAAAGCAGAUAGUGAAUUGGCUCAGUUAAAGUUGCCUGAAUCCGCACGAUGGGCGGCGGCUGCUACUAGUAAUACAAAUAUCACAAACAGAACUGCUCCAAUAGAUUUACGUUCUAUUCAAGCUUCUCAAGCAGCUGAAGAGGCUAAAAGAAAAUAUCAUGAUGCAUUAAUGUCUGAACAAGUUGCUGUGUUGAUAGCAGCUGAAGCAGCUUCUCCAUCAACAAAAACUCCACUUUCAUGGUCUCAAAUCGCUAAAUCGGAUACGACAUCUUUAACACCUAUAAAUCCAUGUAUAUCAAAGAAUGAUAAAACAGCUGAACGUUCUAAAUGUACUGUUGCUAUAUCAUCUAGUAGUAAUAAUAAUGGUCCAAUACAGAAAUCCAUUAGUUAUUCAUCGAAUAGUAAUAAUACUUCAUCUUUAACACAAUUAGAUUAUUUAAAAACCACUUCAUCAUCAAAAAUAUCCUUAAAUAACAAUAUAAUUUCUGCUGCUACUUCCACAUCUGUCUCAUGUACGCCGAAAGUGAAUAAUACAAUUGUUAAGUCAGUGACUACAACAACAACAACAAAUAUACCUUCAAUAUGGGAUCUACCUGUAACAAAUAAUCUAGAUAAUACUAACAAUACAACUGGGAAAAAAAGCAAUUCAAAAAAGAAGAAAAAAAAUCGUGAAGUUUCUUUAUUUCCUGCUAAAGAAGAACUUGCCCAUUGGUGUGAAUCUCAACUGUCUUCCAUUCCUUUGUCUGGAGUUGAUUUGCCUACUUUAGUGGAUUUAUUAUGUGAACUACAAGCUACAGAUGAAAUACUAGAAUUUAUUGAAAAUUCAUUGGGACGAUCAAAGCGUAUAUCACAAUUCUCCAAGGAUUUUUUACAAAAACGUUCAUUUCUUCAUCAAUAACAAAUGAUAAUUUGUUUACUACUCAAUUCAUUCAAUUUCAUAUACGGAAAGAUAAUUAAUAACAAUCUACAAUUGUUAAUACUGUUUGUUGUUUGUUUUUGUUUCUAUUUAUUUUUAAAUUCUCAUUAUUCUAUUAAUCUAUAAGUCAUUCCCUCCUCUUACUUCUAAUAACAUUCUGUUUUCUUUUAUUAUUGUCUUUUCUUUUACUUGAUGAAAUUUAGAAUAGAAUCACUUCUUAUUAUCGUUCUCACUUCGUCGUCACCGCCGCCGUUGUCGUCGUCGUCACUCACUCACUUGUACUCACUCAUAUACUUACACAUACACACAUAUGUGUGUGCAUCAUUCAUUAUUAUUACUAAUUUUAUUUUUAUUUAUCUAUUUCAUAAAACUUUUAUAUAUAGAAAUUGGUUUCAACUUUUGUUUAUCCAAAUUUUUUUCCUUUUUUGGGGGGUGGGGGUGUAAAAAACACUCGAAUUUUUUCUAUUUAUUUUUUAUUAGAAAAAAAAAUGCAUUUCUUUUCACUUUCUUUGUCUAUUUCAUUCAUAAACAGUAGUAUGUAAUAUCUUCAUGUUUAUGCGUCCACCCCACCCCAUUCUUUCCCUCCCUCCCUAUCUGUCUGUCCUACUAUUUCUAUAUCUAUCCAUUUUAAUGGUUGUAUUUCUUUUUCGCUCUUUUUACAACUCAUAGUUACUCAAUUUAUAUAUAUAAACAUAUGUGUACAUAAGUUUUUUUUUCUAUAAAAAAAUAAUAAGAAUAAUGACAACAAUAAUGAUUCUUUUUUCUUUUAAUAUGUUUGUUCGUUUGUGAAAUAAUUGAACAUAAUUUUAUUAUUGAAU